AAACUGAAGAGGACCGAGGCGACCUGAACGCGGCAGCAGCUCAGCGCGAGGAGUGCAAAUGUACUCUUGCUGCACCAAACAGCAGCCCAACAAGUCUGUCAGUCAGUCAGUUGGCCAUCUCCUCCGACCUCCAAAUGUAGCCAUCAUCUCAACAAAGUUGCCCUUGAAGGCUGCAGAUGCCCACGAGCAAGCUAGACAGGCGACAUCGAAGACAGGCAAACUUUUCUUUCAUUCUUUUGGAGCACACCUAUUUUGGUGACUAUGUCCUCCGCAAAGUGUGCGGAGGAGGAGCUGGACUUUGCUCUCAUCUUCGAGGAGGACAGUGGACAAGGUGAAGGUCUCCGUCCUCACGUGACCGCACCUCCGUGGCCCAUGCGGGCCGCUCCCCCCUGCAGGCAAUACGCCCUGUCCGAUGAUUGCGCCCGGGGGAGCUCGCCGGCGUUGCACUGUCCCAGCAUCCAGAUCACCGCCAUCGCGGCCAACAAUGACGACGGCGGCGGCGGCAGCGGCGGGCAGUGCGCAGAGAGCGGCUACGUGGAGGCGGCUUGGCCCAGAGACCAGCUGUACCUCCCUUUGGACCCGUGCUACCGUGACGCCCCCUUCUGUCCCAGCCCCUGCAGCAGCGUGUCGUCCCGCAGCUGGGUGUCGGACCUGUCGUCCUGCGACUCGUUGUCUCACGCCGCCGAUAAGGACGCCGUGGAGGAUCUGCGCGAUGCCGCCCUGCUGCUGGCGCUGGGCUCCUCGGAAGGCGGAGCUGGAGGAGGAGGCGGAGCCUUUGGCGUGGAGCUGUGGCAGCAGAAGUACCAGGACCCGGCGCACCCGGCGCUGUCGCCUCACCAAUCUCCCCAGCACUCGCCUCGCACCAGCGUCACCGAGGACACGUGGAUGAGCCGCUGGCCUUCCUCCAGACUGACCGCCCGCCCAGCGUCUCCGUGCGGGAAGCGCCGGCACGCAGAGGCCGACGCCAUUUCCCGCUCGCCUUCCCCUCAGCGCUGGUCUUCGGACGACGCCUGGGCGGGCCACUCCCUCCAUGAGCUGGACGUCCCACCUAAGACCAGAAGGACAUUGGGGACGCAGCUGGUAGGAGAUUCGCCGCUUGAGGAAGUUCUCGACGUCGAGGCGCCGCCACCGGCAGAGGAGUCAGGUGCCGGCGGCGACUUGAGCGAACUCUUCCUGCGGGUUCCCGCCCACUUCAGCUGGACCGGAGCCGCGCCUCUUUUCAGAGCGUCGUCACCGCCCCCUCUGGAUUUUCCUCUCCCGAGCGGCUUCGGGCCCAACCGGCUGAGCGUGGAGGCGGAGCCCCGGCCGUACCACCGCGCUCACUACGAGACGGAGGGCAGCCGAGGCGCCGUCAAGGCCGGCGACGGAGGACACCCCAGAGUCAAGGUGAGCCCACGCGUCGGGAACGACGCUGCGACCCUUGACCUCGGUCGGCCGUGUGUGCAGCUGAGCGGUCCGUGCUGGCGUCCCCCCGCCGGCUUGUUGCUGUUCAUGGGCACAGCGGACGAGCGCUGCCCCGUCCGGCCGCACGCCUUCUACCAAGUCCACCGUGUGACGGGUAAGACGGUGAGCACGCCCUGUCAGGAGAGGACGCUGAACGGGACCAAAGUCCUGGAGAUCCCACUGACGCCCGACAUGAGGGCCACCAUCGACUGCGCCGGAAUCCUGAAGCUGCGCAACGCCGACAUCGAGCUGAAAAACGGCGAGGCGGACGCGGGCAGGAAGAACACGCGGCUGCGCCUAGCCUUCCGGGUGGCCGUGCCGCAGUCGGACGGACGGACGCUGUGGCUCCAGACGGCCUCGCGGCCCAUCGAGUGCUCGCAGCGUUCGGGUCAGGACUUUCCUCGCGUGGAGCGCUUUGCGCCCAGCUGCUGCCGGCGGGAAGGAGGACAGCGGCUGCUCAUCAUGGGCUCCAACUUGUCCUCUCGCUCCAGGGUGGUCUUCCUGGAGAAAAGUCACGAUGGGCGUGUCCUUUGGGAGACCGACGCCGCAGGCGUGCUUGAAGCCAGCAGCAACUCCAGCCUGACGGUGGUGGUUCCGGCCUACGGGCGCGACGCCGGCCUUCCGGCGCACGUGCUCUUCUACGUGUGCAACGGCAAAAGAAGGCGAAGCGCUCAGCAGAGCUUCACGUAUCUGCCGGGGGUCCUCCCUAAUGUGCCGCCCCCCACCCCCCUCCUCGAGCAGGAGCCCCGGGAGACGGGGCCGCCUUCCUGCCGCGGCGACGAGCAGGCGCGGCACGAAAGGUGGGCGCGGGGCACCGGGACGGACAUCCAACGGGAAACGGAGGACAUCCUCGCGUCAGCGUCUCAGCUCCAGGAAAUCACGCUGGACGAUGACCAUUUGUUUUACAAUUUGUGCAGUCAACGAGAUCAUCGGCAGAGACACGGGCAGUCUGAGCGGCGCCGACCCGCCGGACCCGCACGGCCAGAGCGACUGCAAUGAUGCCACCUUCCCUUUCUGCUAUGAUAGCUAGCCUAGCCUAGCUAAGCUCGGGGAAUUUUAGUUUGUGUGCUUAUUUUGGAGUCUACAGCUAUUGCUGGUUUUAGUUUACAGGAUGCGCGAAAGCAUGUAAGACGCCAACAUCUGACAUUUCUUUCUGUUGAUUUAAUUAAAAUAGCAUGGACACCAA